GCUGUUAUACGUUGGUGGCGCCCCCUGUAUGUUCUGAUUGUAAUAUUUACAAUUUUUGUUUGUAUGGUUAUGUUUUAAAGUAGUAUUCUUGUUGCUUCGUUUCAGUUUAACUUUUGUUUGUAGAAAUGGCGGAAGGUAGUUCUUGUAGUGCAGAUGAUCCAAAGUUUCGAAUUACUACGACACAACAAAUGGCAGCAUCGUGUACCGGUGCUUUAAUAACUUCACUAAUGGUGACCCCGCUUGACGUGGUGAAGGUCCGUCUGCAGAGCCACCAGAAGACGAGCCUCUCCAACAAGUGCUUUCUCUACUGCAACGGCCUGAUGGACCACCUGUGCCCCUGCGAGAAUGCCGUUGCCUUUAACUGCAAGCACGAGAACGGCACAGUCUCAAUAAACUUGAGGUCGCCGCCGCCCGCCACCAGCAGCUUGGAGAUGCUGACGAGGAUAGUGCGCACUGAGGGGGUGCUGUCGCUGUGGAGCGGCCUCAGCCCCACGCUAGUGCUGUCGGUCCCUGCCAUGAUGGUGUACUUCGUGACGUACGAGAACCUGCGGCUGGCGAUGCGCGAUGCCCGCGGCGGUGGGGAGCUGCCCUUCUGGGCCCCGGCUCUGGCGGGCAGCCUGUCCCGCACCUGGGCCGCCACCCUCGUGUCCCCGCUGGAGCUCGUGCGCACCAAGAUGCAGUCCAAGAAGAUGAGCUACCUCGAAAUUGGAAACGCGCUUAAAGCACUGCACAAGCACCAUGGGCUCCUUGGUUUCUUCAAAGGUCUUAGCUCUACUUUAAUGCGAGAUGUACCAUUCUCAGCUAUUUACUGGGCAAGCUACGAAACGAUAAAAAAAUAUAAUCCGGCGGAGCAACCGUCUUUCCAGUACAGCUUUAUGGCCGGAGCAACAGCAGGGAGUAUUGCUGCUGUUUGUACUCAUCCCUUUGAUCUUGUGAAAACUCACCAGCAGAUUGAAUUUGGAGAAAAGGAAAUUUUUUCAGAUCCUCCCAAGAAGAGCAGCUCCCUCUCUUCGGUGAUGAAGCGCAUCUUCCACCAGCGCGGGAUCAAGGGGCUGUACGCGGGGCUGGGGCCCCGCCUCGUGCGGGUGUCCCCAGCCUGUGCCAUCAUGAUCGCAUCCUUCGAGUACGGCAAGAACUUCUUCUACAGAUUCUCCUCAGGUGCCUGCUCUUGGUACUGACACGUGGGAGGUGGG